AUGCAAAGGGAGACAGCCCGCAGCCCACAGCCCACAAACCCAAUUCCACCUGAGGCUCGGCGUUACAGUACAACAAUUGCAAAUAAUGCCGCCAAGGGCGAUCAUGACGAUCCGACUACUCAGCCUGCGCGCAUAAAGGAGGUCUUGGCAACAAAGCAAACUAUUGCGUCUAUUGAAUUUGGCGCCAAGACGUCGUACAGUACGCCCUUUAUCUCCGGCCAAGGGAAACGAAAGAGGAAAGGGAAAUAUAAGAAAAAGAAAUCCAGACCGCGCCGAGACGAGACGAGGUAA